AUGAUCACUCUCACCUUCCCCACACUCUCCACCACCAUCUCCGCCUCUCGCCACCGUCGCCGCCGUCAUCUCCGGCGACUCAUCUUCACCUCACGACUCUCAACAACCACCCCUACCUCAACCUCCACCUCCCCAAACCCUAACAAAACCGGCGUCAUCAUCAUCGGCGGCGGUCUCUCCGGCCUCGCCGCCGCCACAAAGCUCACCUCCCUCAACAUCCCCUUCCUCCUCCUCGAAUCCUCCGACGCCGUCGGCGGCCGCGUCCGCACAGACGUCGUCGACGGCUUCCUCCUGGACCGCGGCUUCCAAAUAUUCAUCACCGCCUAUCCCGAAGCUCAGAAGCUUCUAGACUACGAAUCGCUACAGCUACAAACAUUCUAUUCCGGUGCCAAAGUAUUUUACGGCAACACUUUUCACACCGUUGCUGAUCCUUUACGACACUUUUCGGACUCGCUGCCGACGCUUGUCAAUCCAAUUGGAAAUUUUUUCGAUAAAUUGUUGGUUGCGAUUACGAGAAUUAAGGUGUUGAUUAAGUCUGAUGAGGAGAUAUUUAGCAGUGAGGAAGUGAGUACUAUUGAUUUGCUUAGAGGAAUUGGAUUUUCGGAGUGUAUGAUUGAUAGGUUUUUUCGUCCGUUUUUCGGGGGGAUUUUUUUCGACAGGGAGUUGGAGACGACGUCGAGGCUUUUCGAGUUUGUGUUUAAGUGUUUGGCGGUUGGGACUAAUACACUUCCGGCUAAUGGCAUUUCUGCGAUUCCUGAACAGUUGGCGGGUAAAUUGCCAGCUGGUUCGGUUUUGUUGAAUUCUAGGGUUUGUUCGGUUAAUGUUGGAUUGGAUUCUGUUGCGAAUGUUGAGCUUGAGAAUGGCGAGGUUUUCAGGAGUGAGAAUGGAGUGAUUCUUGCUGUUGAAGAACCGGAAGCGAUUAGGCUUUUAGGUAGGAAGAUGAAAGGGGAAUUUAAGGAACCUCGGAAAACUGUUUGUUUGUAUUUCUCAGCGGAAAUGUACCAAAUACCUUUUAAAGAUCCGGUUUUGUAUAUAAAUGGGUCGGGCAAGGGGAUAGUGAAUAACAUGUUCUUUGCGACUAAUGUGGCUCCAUCCUAUGGACCACCAGGGAAGGGUCUGGUAUCAGUUUCACUUAUCGGAUUGUUUGAGGAUGUUUCGGAUGAGGAUCUGAUAGCUAAGGUUGUUAAGGAGCUUUCAGAUUGGUUUGGAGGGUCAGUGGUUGGGUCAUGGAGACAUUUGAGAACGUAUAGGAUAGGGUUUGCACAGCCGAACCAGAGUCCACCCACAGACUUGAUGAAGGAUCCGAGAUUGGGGCCCGGUUUGUACAUGUGUGGGGAUUAUUUGACUAGUGCCACAUUUGAUGGAGCUUUGGUGUCGGGGAAGAGGGCAGCUGAAGCCUUGCUUAAAGAUGAGGCCUUGAUUAAAGUUUGAUCAUGUCUUGCACUUGGAGGAUAUUCCUUGUAGUUACACUUUGAAGAUUAGACGCUCCAAGUAUUAUGUCAUAUUAGUUUUUUGCUGGAAUGAUGUGCAUCUGAACAAAAUUAAGAUGAUAUUGCCGCUGACAAAUUUUAGCACUCAUUUGCACGGUGGAAGAGAAACAGGCAAUUUGCAGAAAGAUCCGAUUCACUUAAUGGAUGCUGCAGCUGAAUUCUGAUCAACUCGCUUCAAAGCCAUAAUUUUUGCCUAAAUCUAAGGGUACUGAUGAUCUAAGGCAACAUGGAUAUACAAAUACCAUCUGGAAGAUAUCAUCAAAUUUAGGCUCUAUAUGCUCAUGGAGGAGACAGUGCCAUAUAUUUCUCAUAAAAUCUCCCUACUGCUGAGGAAAUCAAAGCGAAGAAAUCACCAGUUCGAGGCGGAGGCAGCAGUGUAAAGCCAUAUAUAAGCUGGGACAUGCGGAAUUAAAUCCAGGACAUGUUGCCAAGUUGAUAUGCUUCUUAUGUCAACUUCCAAUGGAGACAAAGGCCGAUAACUUGGUGAACAUAUCCAGAAGCAGCAGCUAUUGUCUGGUAUGCUCGUAAUUUGAUGCUUAAGUAUCAAGAAAGAGUAAUGCAGCGCCUCUUCAAUGCUGCUCUGUUAUGCAUUUUCUUUACUUAAUCUUAAUUCUUGCGACGUGGCUUUUUCAUCCUUGUAGAGUCGUAGAGCAUUCAACUAAUCUCUCAACUACGCAAAUAUUCUGAUUCUUGCAAUUUAAAUACGAAAUCAAUGAGUCAAAAAAGCAGUGAUACUUGAUAAGUUGAUAUAUUACCAAAUGUAGGAUAAAAUUGAUAGGCAUGUCAUGUUAUUUGUUAGUAUAGAGUAAGAUUUGUGGAUAAUAUUUUCGCUGGAAUGAACUGAACAGAGAGGUACAACGAAAGAAACUGAAACAGAGAUGCAACAAAAGAGAAAAAGGCUAUUCUUUUGCUUUUGUCUUGGUAGUUUGCUAAACUAUUUUUCAAUUCCACACAGUUCAUCCUAUAUUUCUUGAUUCAUUAUGGGAGAUUUGAUCCAACGACUACACCCUUUUAUUCGCCCCAUUCUUCAUUUGUUCAGAAUUUUUCGUAAUUAUUGGUAAUUUAUGCUAUAUUUAUGUCAUAGCGUAACUUAGAAGAUGAAGCAGACCAUGGAAAUCAUUAGGUAGAUUCAUAAUUGACUUUAAACUAUAAACCGAGAAGAUGAAGUAGACUAUGCGGAGAUGUGCACCAAGGUUAUUUGGACUCUUGUAACCAUCCAGUGUAACUACUGUAUAAACUAUAGGCAGCAGAUAUAGUAAUCCAGUGAGCGAUGACAAUAAUUAGUUAUCAUAAUGUGAUAUUUGUAAAUUUUUAGAGAAAAAUGUCCCUAGAAACUUCUUUGCUUGUCCCUAGAAAAUCUAUAUAAUACAUUAUUUUAUUUAUAAGAAAUACACAAAUAUUCCAGGAGAAGUGCUCUGGAAGAAAUUAUUAAGUUUGUAAUCAAUUUUUCGUAAAUAUUAGCAGACAUGGUAGCACCCAUGAAACAUCAGCAAUCAAAUGAAGUCAUGGUGUAAUUUUGAAAAAGUUUCGACUCAUAAAACGAUUCUGGAAGUAGUAAAGUUUUGAGUCAAAUAAAAUAUCGAAUUAUUGCAACGAGGGAAAGCAAAUCGAAUUCAAUGAAAACUGAACUAUCAAAUAAUAACUCAUGUUU